AGUUUGGCCCUGUCAGCAUCUUCCAGCUUUGUAUCCCUCUUGUGGUGCCAUGCAAGUGGUUGCAUUAAUUGCAUUCCAUGUCUCCUUGGUGCAAAGUGCUUGGCACGCCAAUCUCUUCGAGACAUCAAGGAUGAUGCAAGCUUUCACACAGAUCAAGGACUAUGAAAACGAAUUUGGUUCCGAAAUGAACGUCCCAAGCAUUGUGGUGAUUGGAGUGGAAAGCGCUGGCAAAUCCACCCUGCUAUCAGCCAUUGUCGGAGUUCCUCUGACCUUCACCCAGGGCAACACCGGGACACGCUGUCCGGUGCGCUACCGUCUUCGCUAUGGUGAAGAUGCCAAAGACCCUGAAGUCAAAGUUAUGGGACAAGUCAUCCCUCCUGAAAAAUUGCCAGAGAAGGUUCAGCUGCACAUGGAGUCUUUGGCUGGCACUUUUCGUGCAGAUACCUUCGACGUGGAGAUCACCUCAAGGCAUGUACCAGACUUGGAGAUGAUUGACAUGCCUGGCAUCAUUGCCCAUCCGAAUCCCAAGGAUCCUGCUGAGAUCGCCCAGGCCGAGGAGGUCGAGAGGAUUCAAGCCAAGUUCGUUCGAAACCGAAACAUGGCCAUUGUCGCAGUGGUGAAAUGCACUGAGAGGUUCAAGACAAUAGCUGACUUCAAGUUUUUGGAUGAUGUCGCAACGAAGGAAGGACUUGUUGACCUCCCGCCCAGGCGAGAGUGGAGGAGCCAGGUGCUUAUUGUAGCCAACAGGCUCAACCAGCAGGUAGACACUUGGUCGAUGCAAGUUGCAAAUUCAUAUUUUGCGGAGGCGCGGGAGCAAGGAAAUACAUACAAAGGCAUAUUCUUUGUAGCUCUGCGGCCGCCAGUUGCUGGAGUUGUCGACCCUGACGCUGCCCCAUAUGACCAAAAGAAGGCUUACUACGAGAAAUUGGAGGUUGUUGAGCACCAGUGGCUUCAGGGUUUGAAGCAAGCCAUGUCAAACAAAAGUUCUGGUGUGCCUUGGAAUCCAGCAAAUGACGGUAUGUUUGGACUUGCCAACGUCAAAGACAGCAUUGUGAACACUUGGAGAGAGGGGUUUCUGGCAAAAUUGCCGUCUCUUUCUAGCAAGAUCGAGAAGGAAAGGCAACAUUCCAAACAAAGAAUGCAUGAGCUUGAAGAGAAAUUGCGUAUGGUAGACCUAAAGCUUUUGCGCCAGAAAAUGAAAGACUUCUUGGCUGACUUUGUCCAUCGGUACCAAGCCUUGGCAACAGGGCAAGCUGUGAAGGACUUGCAAGGCCGAGAUGUCACAAGCUUCAAGCUCUCACGCAUGCACAUCUACGACCCAGCACGCUAUGGCAAGACUUUCGAGGAGGAGAUGAAAAUGACUCCAAUUGACAAGAGCAGGUGUGGGUGGCUUCUGACUUGGGAGGAGUUGCUUUCAGACCAGAGGCUUGGAGCACAAGACCAGCACCUCGGAGAGAAGUUGAGUAUGCAAUACCUCGGCAUGGCAUCAUAUGAACGUUCCUUGAAGAUCAUGGAAUACAUGAUGAUCGCGCGGAACUUCGAUCAUGUGUCUGACGACAAUAUCCGCAUCAUGGCACGAGGGCAUUCCAAAUAUGGCACUGGAGCAUUCCCGUCCAAUGAAGUGGUGCUUCAAAUCGCCUCCGACCAGGUACACCAGCUCAAUGGAGGAGUAGAAUGGUACACGGAUUUUCUACAGGCCAACUUUGUUGACUACAUGAACCCAGUCAUGGAGUACAUGAGCCAUUCUACUCAGUACGGCAUGGUGACGUCAUCAGACAAGUUUAUGCUGAAGCUGCGACAGCACUUUGAAGGUGUGGUAGCGAGGCGCAUCAGUGGUGUCGUUGAGAUGUAUGGAAACGAUGUCCGUCGGUACACACGUUUCCGUGCAAUCGAUGUGAUCACCAAGCUUCACAUGGCCUCUGCAAUGCUUCCCAUGGAAAAGAUCAUCCCCACCGAGGCCAUGUUGCUUCCGGAGCCUGCAAUGGCAACGAAGGUGUCAACUCAAUCUUCUGUCCGAACGCAAGGUGAGUACGUGAUGCCCGUGAACAGUCCAAGACAGAAGAAGGUGGUUGCUGAGCGCGAGCUCAAAAAGUUGGAGGCCAUUCGAAGCAUGUCAACAUGUCAGUGUCAUGACCCAAAGUUAUUCAACAUUGGAGACUUUGUUCAGGGAGGGUAUGCGCAAGUCUAUCCGAUGGAGUGGUCGAUGAUUGACUUCGACUACUUGCGGAACACUGCCUACCAGUACUACGUGCGAAUUGCAAUGAUCCUCUCUGAGCUUCUUCGUGCUACACUUCAUUCUGAGUUUCUGGACAAUUUGCUGGAUACCAGCGAGAAGACCUUGAUGAAAGACAUCUUGAACAUUGAAUCUGAGAUUCAAGAAGAAGAGCUGAAAGAAAUGGUCCCAGUGAACCCAGAUAUGUUGACCCAGAAGCUAAAUGACGAACAAAACAAAAGCCAACGACUUGGCUUUAUCAGUCAUACCUUGGGACAGCUCCGUGCAGACAUCAGGAGUCAUGUCGAACCCAGAAAGCCCAUCGUCCACAGCGGAAGCAUGUUGGACAACAACACAAGUGAGAUAAACGAUAUCAACACAACAGUCAACACCACCGUCACAGCUUGCUCUUCUGAAUGGUGCCAGCCCGGGGAUGAAGAUGAUGAAGAUGAUUCCGUUAUGUAACUGUGGCAUGUGGGAAGUUACCAUCAGAGCACUACAGAUAAUGUGCUCUUACUUUGAAACCCAUGUGCAAAUUUUGGGCCAGCUAGCUCCACUUCUUCAAUAUGUUUCUGAGAGCAAGUCAGUCCACAUGUUCACCUUUGUUUUGAUUGCUUGCUUGGCCAGUACAUGCAACGCCUUUGCAACAAAAGCUUGCAGAGGGCUUGGUAGCAGGAACAGGCAGUUGAGUGA